GUAGCCUCUGCUGCUUAAACAACCCCCAAACCCCAGCCAGCGACUCCACGACUCACCGGGACACGCGAUUCCCUCGGCGACAAGUAGCACCCGAGCACCGCCGCAUCCGAGCAGCAGCCGAUGGCAUCCCCAACCACGCCGGCGCCGUCGCCCUCGCGUCCGCAGCGCACGCCAGACGAGGUCGAGGACAUCAUCCUCCGCAAGAUCCUCCUCGUCUCCCUCACGCCCCCGUCCUCCCCCAACCCCGCCGUCGCCUACCUCGAGCUCACCGCCGCCGAGCUUCUGUCCGAGUCGCGCCCCCUGCUCGCGCUGCGCGACGCCGCCGAGCGCAUCCUCAUCGACCGGCUAUCCCUCCCGGACCCGCCCGCCUCCUCGCCUUCCCCCUUCGCCUUCCUCGCUGCCGCCUUCCGCCGCGCUGCCGACGAGGCCCGCAAGAUCUCCACAAUCCGCGAUGCUGCACUUCAAGCGCGGCUCAAGGCAUCCAUCGCUCACAUCCGCGGGCUUAUCCUCUCCUACGCACGCAUCGUCGCCGGCAACCCUGACACCUUCCCCUCGCCCCCCAACGCGCCCCACCCGGCCGCGGAGCUGCUCAUCUUUCUCCUCGCUGAGGCUGCCGACCCGCUCGACCCUACCCCGUCCCCCGGUGCCCCACCGCCGCCAGGCUUUCUGGACGAGCUCUUGGGGAACGUCGAAUAUGAGACCAUCGAGCCGGUGAUGGGCGAACUGUACGAGCGUCUGAGGCAGAGAGUCGAGAAAGUAUCAGCACUUGGCGACUUCCAGCGGCCACUCCGUGUGCUGAGGCGGCUGGUGGGAAUCCCCAACUGCGCCAGGGCUCUAGUGGAACAUCCCAAGUGGAUUCCCAAGAAUCAAAUUAUGCUGAUCGGUGAAGGAAGAGUCAUGGAGAUCUCCAGCUUGCUGGGGGGCUUUUUCCACGUCAGUGCGAUCCCCGACCGCGAAUUCUCAGGGGAGCCUGAUGUUGGGAAACAGUGCUUCUCUGAGGCAUCUUCACGCAGGCAAGCUGAUUUGUUGUCAUCUUUCGCAACCAUCAAGAGUGUUAUGAAUAGCUUGCAGGAUGGACUAAGGGAUAUUCUGCUAGUGCUGCUUAAAAAUUUGGAUACUCGAGAAAAGGUCCUUGAGUAUCUUGCAGAGGCGAUAAAUAAAAAUGCAGGAAGAUCUCGCAUGCAGGUGGACCCUUUAAAAUGCGCGAGUUCAGGUAUGUUUGUCAAUCUUAGUGCUGUGAUGCUCCGUCUUUGUGAGCCUUUUUUGGAUAAAAUGGAGUCAAAGAAGGACAAGAUUGAUGUUAAGUACCUCUUCUGCAAUGACAGAAUCGAUUUCAAGAAUUUAACAGCAAUAAAUGCCUCUUCAGAGGAAGUCUCAUCUUGGAUAGAGAGCUGGAGCCAAGAGCAUGCUCAAGAUAAUGUCAGUGGAGAGGCUCGCUUUGUAGAGUCACAGGAAGCCACAAGCUCGGGGAAAAAUAGCUCAGUUUCUCUUCCUUCUAAGGCAGGGGCACUAGCGAGGUGCUCAAAGAAAGAGAAUUUCUCAUUUAUUUGCGAAUGUUUCUUCAUGACAGCAAGGGUCCUUAAUAUGGGGGUGAUGAAAGCUGUAGCAGACUUCAAACAUAUCUCUCAGGAUCUUGCAAGGUGUGAAGAUGAUUUGGAGUCAAACAAAGCAAUGCGGGAUCAAGGAGGAAAUUCAGCGCAGCUUGAUCAAGAUAUAGAACGCUUGGAGAAGAUAGUCGAGUCUUUAUCACAAGACAAGCUCUGUUAUGAAGCUCAGAUACUCAGAGACGGUGCAUUUCUUCAACGCGCACUAUCUUUCUACAGAUUAAUGAUUUUGUGGUCAGUAGACCUCGUUGGGGGAUUUAAGAUGCCUCUGCCAUCGCAAUGCCCCAAGGAGUUCUCUUGCAUUCCGGAGCAUUUUCUGGAUGAUGCAAUGGAUUUACUUGCUCUAACAUCUAGAAUUCCAAAGGCUCUUGAAGGCUUCCCAUUGGAUGACUUCCUCAAUUUUAACAUUAUGUUCAUGGCGAGCUCUUACAUUAAAAAUCCUUACCUAAAAGCCAAGAUGGUUGAAGUGUUGAAUUGCUGGAUGCCACAAAGAAGUGGCUUGAAAUCCACAGCCUCAUUAUUUGAAGGGCACCAGCUAUGUCUUGAUUAUCUUGUAAAAAAUCUUCUAAAGCUUUAUGUGGAUAUUGAAUUCACCGGCUCCCAUACACAAUUCUUUGACAAGUUUAAUAUUCGACAUAAUAUUGCCGAGCUUCUUGAGUAUUUAUGGGAUGUUCCCAGUCAUCGAAAUGCUUGGAGACAAAUAGCCAAGGAAGAGGAGAAGGGCGUAUACUUAAAUUUUCUCAACUUCCUAAUCAAUGAUAGCAUCUAUCUUCUUGAUGAGAGUUUGAACAAAAUUCUUGAACUAAAGGAAAUAGAGGCUGAGAUGGCUAACACUGUUGCAUGGAAUAAUAGACCUGCUCAAGAAAGAGAGGAGCGGUUGCGUGUAUUUCAUCAGUCAGAGAAUAUUGUUCGAUUUGACAUGAAGCUAGCAAAUGAGGAUGUUGGGAUGCUUGCAUUCACGUCAGAACAAAUUCCAGCACCUUUGCUUCUUCCAGAAAUGGUGGAAAGGGUGGCGAGCAUGCUAAAUUACUUCCUCUUGCAACUUGCUGGUCCUCAGAGGAAGUCAUUGACUGUUAAAGAUCCAGAGAAGUACGAGUUCAAACCGAAGCAGCUAUUGAAACAGAUUGCCACCAUCUACGUCCAUAUCGCAAGGGGGGACAAGGAAGCUGUCUUCCCAGCUGCAAUCUCGAAAGAUGGAAGAUCAUACAAUGAGCAGUUGUUUGCGAGCGCAGCAAAUAUUUUGUGGAAGAUUGGUGUAGAUCCCCAAAUCAUACAGGAGUUUAUGCAACUUGCGGGCAAGGCAAAAGCUGCUGCCUCUGAGGCCAUGGAUGCUGAGGCUAUCCUUGGGGACAUACCAGAUGAAUUUCUUGAUCCAAUUCAGUAUACUCUGAUGCAAGAUCCUGUGAUACUACCGUCAUCGCGAGUCACAAUAGAUCGACCAGUUAUUGUUCGGCAUUUGCUCAGUGACAGUACGGAUCCUUUUAACCGCUCCCAUCUCACUCAAGACAUGUUGAUACCAGACACGGAUCUCAAGUCACGUAUCGAUGAGUUUGUCAGGUCCCAGCAGUCAAGGAAGCGGCCGGCUGCUGACUCCGAGAUCGGGGAGCCUGAUGGAGCUGCUGAUAUGGUCGAGUGAAGUGCCAAGAGCUGGGAUGGACAUUUUUUUUUUGGCGGAACAUAUUUCUUUAAGCUAUUUGUCAGGCCAUACGGAGUUGAUUAGACUGGUCUUCCCUACUUCUGGCCCCGUCUCAAUGCUUUGUAAAUGCUGUAAACUGCUCUCUGCAAAUCUAAGUUUAGCAAACAUACAGAUCUAAUUGUACAUCAAGGAAAAGAGAUGUGCCUUGUCACACCUUUGCCGUUAUGCAUCUUAUUCAUUACUCCUC